AUGGAAAAUGAGGAAAAGAAGGGUUUGAAAAAUAACAAGGAAAAAUCCAAUUGUGCCUGUUCUAAUAGCCAAAAAGAAAGUAACAAGGAGGAAGAGAAUGGGACCGAACAACUGGUUCAAAAACCUGAAUCGGAGGAUUUGAAUGUUGAUCCUAUCAUCCAGGGUAAAGUUGAUGAUUUUUCCAAUGAUGAUGCUUCAGCUUCAUCUAAUAAUAAAGAAAAUGAGGAAGACUUUAAUGAAGCGCAGGACUGUAAUAUCUCAAAAACUGUUUCGCUGUUGUUAUUAACCAAUGGAAGUCCUAAGCAGACUGUAAAUAUGAUCCUGAACUCCCAAUGCAAAACUCCUCCUAAAAUCAUGGAGACAAUGGGUCUUGAGGAAAACAAAAGGCUGUUGGUGUUGCCGAGGAAAGGAAAGAGGAAAAUUGAGGAAUCUGGACCUAGUAAGGAUGAGCUAAAACAAAGUAAAAAGGUUAAAAAAGCCUCUGUGGAGAAAAAUCAAGAGGACAUGGAUAAACAAAAGGAUAUGGAGGCUGAUUCUGAGGAUAUGGGAAAAGAAGGAAGUGAGAUGGAGACUGAUGAGUCUGACGGGAUGAGAAAAGGCGGUGGUGGAGGCUCGAUGACGACCGCCACCACCGGCACCGUCGACGCUGUGGGAGGUGUCGCGGGCGCCACCGCAGCUGUUGUCGACGUUGCGGGAGGUGCGCCGGGCGCCACCGCAGCCGCUGGCAGUGCUGCGGGAGGCACUGCGAGCGCCACCGCAGCUGCCACCGGCGCUACGGGAGGCGUCACAGGCGCCACUGCAAGCGCUGCGAACGCCACCGCAAACGCCACGAAGGGAGGGUUUCCGAGGCUGACAUGUUCGGAUGAGCUAGAGCCAAUUUUUGAUGAGGAUGAUGAGAGGCUACGACGCAGAGCUCCUAGACGACGGAGGGAUGGUGAAGGGAGAGAUGAUAGCGGAGAUGGGGAUGGAUAUGGAGGAAAUGUAGGAGAUCAUGGUGCCAGAGAUGAUGAGGGAGGAGAUGAUGAUGGGGGAGAUGGUCGAGCAGUGGCAGUGGCAGCGACAAGCACACCAGGAGCUUGCAAUUCUAGAUCUGCUAGAGAUGUAUACAUAGAUUGGAUGGCCCGGGUGGUCAGACGUAGGAGAUCAGGUCCAGGGGAAUAA